AUAUGAAUUAAAACCAAAAUAAAUACAAGGAAAAAAACAGGCACAAAGUUACCAACAAGCAAACAGCAAUAGUGGAUGGAGAUAGAGCGAUAAAUGCUUAAGAACUUUAGAACUCGCUUAUAUCAGAAAGAAGAAACAAAGAAUCAAAGUUAGCAGAGGAGAUCCAAUUCAAAGGUGUCAUCUCUAAAUACUUUCCUGCAAUGUCUAUACAACCCAUACUAUUGAUACAUGGAGGAGCCGGCUUUAUUACCGAUGCCCGAGUCCCUGGAAAAUUGGAAGGUAUGAAGAAAGCCCUACGCUCAGCCAUAGACCAUUUAGUGCCACCUAAUGCUAAAGAAAAUGGAAAUGCUUUGGAUGCCGUUGAGGCCGCUGUACGAGCGAUGGAAUGUGAUGAGAACUUUAAUGCUGGCUAUGGUUCUUGUUUGAAUUUGGAUGGCAAAGCAGAAGUUGAGGCCAGCAUCAUGGAGGGUGAGAAGUUAAGAGCUGGCUGUGUUACCUUACUCCGUGAUAUACUGCAUCCUAUAUCGGUGGCCCGUUAUGUGAUGCAAAAAACUCCCCAUACCUUUUUGGGUGGACCAGCGGCACAAAAAUUUGCUUUGGUACAUGGAUUUGAGCAAAUGGCAGAUGGCUCUCUGGUCACAGAUGAUGCUCGACGUGCUUUGCAAGAAUUUAAAGAUCGCCAGGCCAAAGGUUUGGAUACCCUAUUUGCCCGUACCGAGUUAGAUGCCCAGCAAAACAAAGACAGUGUGGGAGAAUCUGGCAGCACAGUAGGUGCUGUAGCCAUCGAUGCAAAAGGAAAUAUAGCAGUAGCCACCUCAACGGGUGGUAUUACGGGAAAACUAACGGGGCGUAUUGGUGACACUCCCCUACUGGGUUGUGGUACCUAUGCCGAUAAUCAUGUUGGUGGUGUAUCUACCACUGGCCAUGGGGAGACCAUAAUGCGUUUUAAUUUGGCUCAAAAAAUAUUGGCAAAAAUUCAAUAUGAAAAUAAGAGUGCUCAACAGGCCACUAUGGAGGCCUGCAAGGAGAUGACGGAACGUUUAACGGGUACUGGUGGUGCUAUUACCAUUGAUGCCAAAGGCAAUAUUGGUAUCUAUUGGACAUCGUUGCGAAUGGCUUAUGCCUACAUAAAGGGCAGUAAAUUGGUCUAUGGAAUAAAUCAUGGUGAAGAAUUUGAUGAGAAGUUGUAGAUACGAGUGAAAUUAAAUUUAUAUAUACAGUUGUGUUCAACAUAAUAGGAGUACAUCCUCUAUAAAACAAAAUUUACUUUUUUUGUAAAAAUACAUAUUAUUAUAAUUUCUUUUAUGUAAGAUUAAUUACUAAUCGAUUUUCUAAAUUGUAUACCAAAAAAUUAUUUAAUUAAAGCUGCAAUAAAUUAAAAUGUUUCAUUAA